AUGAUGAAGGUCUAUCGCAUACUCCUCCUCAUCUCCACAGCUGGGCUGGCCCUGUGCUAUGAAGAUGAGAGUCGCCUGGUCGAGGACUUGUUCAGGGACUACAACAAGGUGGUGCGCCCAGUGGAGGAUCAUCGGGAAGCCGUUGUUGUCACCGUUGGGCUGCAGCUCAUCCAGCUGAUUAGCGUGGAUGAAGUAAACCAGAUUGUAACAACCAACGUACGUCUGAAACAGCAAUGGAUAGAUGUCAACCUCAAGUGGAAUCCAGAUGACUACGGUGGAGUGAAAAAAAUCCGCAUCCCCUCGGAUGACAUCUGGCGGCCAGACCUUGUCCUGUACAACAAUGCAGAUGGUGACUUUGCCAUCGUUAAAUACACCAAAGUCCUUCUGGAGCACACAGGCUUGAUCACCUGGACACCACCAGCUAUUUUUAAAAGCUACUGUGAAAUUAUAGUCACACACUUCCCAUUUGACCAGCAGAACUGCAGCAUGAAGUUGGGAACCUGGACAUAUGAUGGUACAAUGGUUGUUAUUAACCCGGAGAGUGAUCGUCCAGAUCUGAGUAACUUCAUGGAGAGUGGGGAGUGGGUGAUGAAGGACUAUCGCAGCUGGAAGCACUGGGUGUACUACGCCUGCUGCCCUGACACCCCCUACCUGGACAUCACCUACCACUUCCUCAUGCAGCGCCUGCCUCUCUACUUCAUCGUGAACGUCAUCAUUCCCUGCCUGCUCUUCUCCUUUUUGACCGGGUUUGUUUUCUACCUACCCACAGAUUCAGGUGAGAAAAUGACUCUCAGCAUCUCUGUCCUGCUGUCUUUGACUGUGUUCCUUCUGGUCAUUGUGGAGCUGAUUCCCUCCACCUCCAGUGCAGUGCCUCUGAUAGGCAAAUACAUGUUGUUCACAAUGGUGUUUGUCAUCGCUUCCAUCAUCAUCACGGUCAUUGUCAUCAACACCCACCACCGCUCCCCGAGCACUCACACCAUGCCGCCCUGGGUCAGGAAGAUCUUUAUUGACACAAUCCCAAACAUCAUGUUUUUCUCUACAAUGAAACGACCAUCCAGGGACAAACAAGACAAAAAUAUUUUUUCAGAAGAUAUUGAUAUUUCUGAAAUUUCUGGGAAGCCAGGUUCUGUGCCUGUCAACUUCUACUCCCCACUUACCAAAAAUCCAGAUGUGAAAAAUGCUAUAGAGGGGAUCAAGUACAUUGCAGAAACAAUGAAGUCGGACCAAGAAGCCAGUAACGCUGCAGAAGAAUGGAAGUUUGUUGCAAUGGUGGUUGAUCAUCUUCUCCUCGGUAUAUUUAUGCUAGUUUGUGUUAUUGGAACAUUAGCUGUAUUUGCUGGUCGCCUUAUUGAAUUAAAUCAGCAAGGAUGA